GGGAAUGCCCUACCACAGAGGCCGGUUUUACAGGGCUGCUGGAGAGAACACAGCUCUGCUUCAAAUGAAGUGAGUUCUCUUCAAAUGAGAAUGAAUGAACAUGAGGUGCAGAGGAUGUGGCCUCUCACACAUACAAGUCAUGCCUCGUCACCUGUCACAAUCCAAAACCUCCAGUUUCACUUUUGGGAUAGCUAAUUUACUCCACUUCCCUAAAGGCAGCAUCUGGAUCUGGAUUCAAGAAAAGAAGGAACAGCCGGUCAUGGUCAGACAAGAAAUUUAUUCAAAUCAAUGAAUAAAAAUACAAGCUUCUGCUUAACUCUGAGGAGGCAACCAGGAGAAUUCAAGACAGAAAUUAUCAAGACUGUUUACCUUGGACUACUGGAACUAGAUAGAGGAUCAAAUCAUGAGACUGACUUUGUCCUCUAUCUGCUUCUUUCUGGGAUUGUUGUUCUUCUCGGUCCCAUAUGCAUCCUCUGUCAACAAAUGUGUUGUGAGACACGAAGUAGCUGACUGUAGUCAUUUGAAGUUGACUCAAAUACCCGAUGAUCUCCCAACAAACAUAACUGUGUUGAAUCUUACACAUAAUCAACUCCGAAGACUGCCACCUGACAAUUUUACAAGAUAUAGUCAACUCACUGUCUUGGAUGGAGGGUAUAACUCCAUCUCAAAACUAGAUCCAAAGUUGUGCGAAGUGCUUCCUUUGUUGAGGAUGUUGAACCUCCAACAUAACCAGCUAUCUCAACUUUCUGAUAAAACCUUUUUCUCCUGCAUGAGUUUGGUUGAACUCUAUCUCAUGUCCAACACAAUUCAGAAAAUUCAAACCAAUCCCUUUAAAAACCUAAAGAAUUUAGUGAAAUUAGAUCUAUCUCGAAAUGGCUUGUCAUCUACUAAGUUAGGAACUCAGAUACAACUAGAAAAUCUACAAGAGCUUCGAUUGUCAAAUAACAAAAUUCACUCAUUAAGUCAUGAAGAGCUUUAUUUCCUUGGCAAUUCUUCUUUGGAAAAAUUAGAACUGUCAUCUAAUCAAAUUAAAGAGUUCUCUCCAGGGUGUUUUAAUGCCAUUGGAAAUUUAUUUGGCCUCUCUCUGAACAAUGUCCAACUGGGUCCAAGGCUCACAGAAAAACUUUGUUUGGAAUUAUCAAACACAAGCAUCCAGAAUCUCUCAUUGAGCAAUGUCCAGCUGGACAGCAUAAGCAAUCUGACAUUUCUUGGACUAAACCCAACAAAUCUUACCAUACUUGAUCUUUCUCACAACUCCUUAAAUGUGAUUGGUAACGAUUCUUUCACUUGGCUUCCACAUCUAGAGUGUGUCUUCCUGGAAUAUAACAAUAUACAACAUUUAUAUUCUCGCUCCUUUUAUGGACUUCUUAAUGUGAGACACAUGAAUUUGCGACAUGCUUUUACUAAACAAAGUUUUCUCCUUGCUUCACUCCCCGAGAUUGAUGAUUUUUCCUUUCAGUGGCUAAAACGUUUGGAAUAUCUUGACAUGGCAGAUAACAACUUCCCAAACACAAAAAGCAGUAUGUUCACAGGAUUGAUAAAGCUGAAAUACUUAAAUCUAGCCAACUCCUUUGCAAGUUUGCGAAUUUUAACAAAUGAAACAUUUUUAUCACUCACUCAUUCUCCUUUGCUCCUACUCAACCUAACCAGAAACAAGAUCUCCAGAAUAGAGAGUGGUGCUUUUUCUUGGUUGAGGCAGCUGAAGAUUCUUGACCUUGGACUCAAUGAAAUUGAACAAAAACUCACAGGCCAGGAGUGGAGAGGUCUGGAAAAUAUUGUUGAAAUAUACCUUUCCUAUAACAAAGGCUUACAACUGAUGGAAAACUCUUUUGCUUUGGUCCCAAGCCUUCAACGAUUGAUGCUCCGAAGGGUAGCCCUUAAAAAUGUGGAUAACUCCCCUUCCCCCUUCCACCCUCUUCAUAACUUGGUCAUUCUGGAUUUAAGCAACAACAAUAUAGCUAACGUAAAGGAAGAACUUUUGGAUGGUCUUGAGAAAUUGGAAAUUUUGAAUUUACAACAUAACAACUUAGCACGGCUCUGGAAACAUGCAAACCCUGGUGGUCCUGUUUAUUUUCUAAAGGGUCUUUCUCACCUCCAUGUCCUUAACUUAGAGUCUAACGGCUUUGAUGAAAUUCCUGCAGAGAUGUUCAAGGACUUAUUUGAAUUAAGGACCAUCCUCUUAGGGAUGAAUAAUUUAAACACACUUCCACCAUCUGUUUUUGAUAGCCAGGUGUCUUUAAAAUCACUGAGUCUUCAGAAGAAUCUCAUAACAUCAGUUGAGAAGGAUGUUUUCGGGCCACCUUUCAAGAAUCUGAGCAACUUAGACAUGAGCUUCAACCCUUUUGAUUGUACUUGUGAAAGUAUUUCCUGGUUUGUUAGUUGGAUGAAUGAUACCCAUACCAAUAUCUCUGAACUAUCAACUCAUUACCUCUGUAACACCCCACCUCCAUAUCAUGGUUUCUCAGUGGAGCUUUUUGACACAUCACCUUGUAAAGACAGUGCCCCCUUUGAACUCCUUUUCAUGAUCAAUACUAGUAUCUUAUUGAUUUUUAUUUUCAUUGUACUAUUAAUCCAUUUUGAAGGCUGGAGAAUAUCUUUUUAUUCGACUGUUUUGGUGCAUCGAAUUCUGGGUUUCAAAGAAAUAGAAAAACAGCCCGAACAGUUUGAUUACGCAGCAUAUAUAGUUCAUGCUCGAAAAGAUCGGGAUUGGGUCUGGAAACACUUCUCCUCAAUGGAAGAAAAAGAUCAAACUCUCAAAUUUUGUCUGGAAGAAAGGGACUUUGAGGCAGGUGUCCUUGAACUUGAGGCAAUUGUAAAUAGCAUCAAACGAAGCAGAAAAAUUGUUUUUGUUAUAACACACCAUCUACUAAAGGAUCCAUUAUGCAAAAGAUUCAAGGUACAUCAUGCAGUUCAACAAGCUAUUGAACAAAAUCUGGAUUCCAUCAUAUUGAUCUUUCUUGAGGAGAUUCCAGAUUAUAAACUGAACCAUGCACUUUGUUUGAGAAGAGGAAUGUUUAAAUCAUACUGCAUCUUGAACUGGCCAGUUCGGAAAGAACAGAUAAAUGCCUUUCAUCAUAAAUUGCAAGUAGCUCUUGGAUCCAGAAAUUCAAGACAUUAAGUUCAUUUAAAGACUAAAUUAACGAAGAUAUCACUUCCCUGUUUUACUUAGAAGAGUUCUUUGACAAGUUUGUUUUUAUUUGAAAAUGGUGUAAAUUUGAUUUGUAUUUAUUUGAAUAUGAUACCAUAACUAUGGGCUGGAGCAAUAGUACAGUGGGUAGGGCAUUUGCCUUGCACACGGCUGACCUGGGUUCGAUUCCUCCGCCCCUCUCAGAGAGCCCAGAAAGCUACCGAGAGGAUCUCGCCCGCGUGGCAAAGCCUGGCAAGCUACCCGUGAUGUAUUCGAUAUGCCAUACACAGUAACAACAAGUCUCACAAUGGAGACGUUACUGGGCCCUCUCGAGCAAAUCAAUGAACAACGGGAGGACAGUGUUACAGUGCUAUCAUAACUAUAUCUUAUGGGGUAUGUCUCAUCUCAAAUUUAUUACUACUCAUUUACUUAGUUUGACCAAAAUAGAAAUUUCCUCCAUUAAUAAAUUCACAACUGAUUACUGAGUUUUUUUUGGGAAUUUUAGAGUUAAAAAUAUAUUCCUCAUUUAAAGAAAACCUGAAGUUGUGAGGAGUUCGUGAUUUAAAAAUUUCUCAGAAUAAAAGAUUAUUGUUUUUAAUGGGAACAGUGCUACUUCAGUUGUAAAUAAUAAAACAUAGGAUCAGUGUGACGGCUCAGUGGGACAGAGUGCAUCAUUUACACACUGGAGCCCAGGGCUUUUUCUCCAACAUCGUAUAGUUUCCCCCAAGCGCCAUUAGGAGCAGACCUGAGCUCCCAGCUCUUGAAAAGUCAAGAGACUGAUUGGGUAUCACGCCCUCAAAAUGGAUGAAUAUACCAUAUUCUUAAAACUUAAUUACUGCAUCUUUCCAUUGUAAAUGUUU